CUCUGAUAGCUGACUCAUCUAGUCAUCUCCCACAAAAGGCCAAUAAGCAAACCAAGGGUCUCUCUCUCUGACCACAAACCAUAAAAUAUUGGUACCUGCGUUCUUCUUUUGCCAAGAAGAAGGUGAAAGCGCCCAACCCAGAAGCAAAGUUUUUCAGAGGUGCACUAAAAUCCCUGAAAAAUGCAGUUUUUUUCAGCAUUUUUCGCCAAGUCUUUCUUGCUUCUAUCAACUAUUUUUGGUUUUCUCAGUAUCGCUGUUACCGAAGAAGGGUUUUGCAUAGCACCAUCCAUAAUCGAAUCCAAUUCAAACGCCCAAACUCUCUAUUCGAAAGUCACCAACCCCACUCUCUCACCGUCUCAUCUACAAGAUUUACCAGGGUUUACUCGAAGCGUGUAUAAGAGUGAUCAUGCUUUAAUCACCCCUGAAAGUCAUGUUUUUAGCCCUUUGCCUGAGUGGAGCAACACAUUAGGGGCAUAUUUAGUCUCGCCAGCAAUGGGAGCUCAUUUUGUUAUGUAUAUUGCAAAGAUGCAAGAAAGUUCAAAAUCAGGACUACCUCCUAAACAUGUUGAGAGGUUUGUAUUUGUGGUUCAAGGUUUGGUGACACUCACUAAUGUUUCAGGAAUUUGCCAAACACUGAUGGUAGACUCGUUUGCUUACCUACCUCCUAACUCAAAGCAUCACUUUGAAAGUUAUGAAUCUUCUACACUUGUUGUAUUUGAAAGAAGGUAUGCUUACCUGGAAGAUCAUAUUCCCGAGCCAAUUGUUGGCUCCACCAAUCAGCAGCCACUUCUUGACACCCCUGGAGAGGUAUUCCAAUUGAGGAAGCUUCUUCCUACAUCUCUGCCUUAUGACUUCAACAUUCACAUCAUGGACUUCCAACCUGGCGAAUUUCUUAAUGUAAAAGAAGUGCAUUAUAAUCAGCAUGGUUUGUUACUUCUAGAAGGACAAGGCAUUUAUCGUCUGGGUGAUAGCUGGUAUCCAGUUGAGGCUGGAGAUGCCAUCUGGAUGGCUCCAUUUGUGCCUCAAUGGUAUGCUGCACUUGGUAAAAUUCCCACACGCUAUUUGCUCUACAAAGAUGUGAACAGGAAUCCGUUAUAAUCAUGUAGAUGGAGUUUAAUUACUUUAGAAUCUGAUGGUUAUUGGAGUUGAAAGCUUCAGGUAUCCAAAUGAAAUUGUACACAGAUUUGGUUGUAUCAAUCAACUAUUAUGUAAGUGGAUUUGUAUCUUGUUUCAUAUGUGCUGAUUGGAUCAUGGGUUGAUGUGACUCCAAAGGGCCU